UAAUGCAGCAAAUCUCUUCUUCCAGGUUAUAAAACAAAAUGCCCCCCACAGAGUUAGAUACAGAAUUCCAAAAGAAGCAAGGGAUUAGCAUUCUCUGUCUGUUGAAAUAAUUUGGAUAUUUUGGCUACAGUUAAACAAGUCUGAGGGCUAAUUUCUGGUUUUGAUCAAAUGCAGUCUCACAGCCAAAGACCUGAAGAGUGACUUAGCUCCCUGCCGGUCCUCCAUCAGUGACAUCCUCUGGUUUCAUGGCCAGUUCAUGGAUUCCCAGGGCCUUCACCCAGCUGGCUUCUAGGCGUGCCUUCAUUUUAGUCCUUGGUGCAGAUAUUCAUGUCUAUCACCAACCGGAGUGUGACUGUGAACAUUGUAUUUCUCUGAUGUUCCAUUUCAUUAACUAAAAAAUGAAGAUAACAACCAUUUCAUGGUACUAUAAGGAGGGUUAAAGAUAAAAAAUAUUAAAAGGGACUAGCAUUGAGGAAGGAUCAUUAGGAAGUUUUCAAUAAAUAUUAGUCCUUUAAUUCCUCCUCUUCCCAUUAACUCCUAUACAUGUGUUAUUACCGCAUACUCUCACCUCUUAGGCUGCCAAGAAAAGUCACAGUUAGCCAAUGAAGACUUGAGACUGGUUUGCUGGAAUCUGAGGGUGGCCACUGAUGGGUAAUAAUCUGAACCAAAAAAACAUUCCAGGAACUCCUCCAACCCAGUCUUGAAGAAGGCAGGUUCUUCUUCAGUAUUAUGGGUGGUUUUCAACCAAAAGUACAUUUUUUUAUUCUAUGGCUUCAAUUAUUCAUUCAUUUAUUCAGGCUUAGAGAAACCUCCAGAAGACUGCUAUCAUGGCAGAGAAACCCAAGCUCCACUACUUCAAUGCACGGGGCAGAAUGGAGUCCACCCGGUGGCUCCUGGCUGCAGCUGGAGUAGAGUUUGAAGAGAUAUAUAUAAAAUCUCCAGAAGAUUUGGACAAGUUAAGAAAUGAUGGAUAUUUGAUGUUCCAGCAAGUGCCAAUGGUUGAGAUUGACGGGAUGAAGCUGGUGCAGACCAGAGCCAUUCUCAACUACAUUGCCAGCAAAUACAACCUCUACGGGAAAGACAUAAAGGAGAGAGCCCUGAUUGACAUGUAUACAGAAGGUAUAGCAGAUUUGGGUGAAAUGAUCCUCCAUCUGCCCAUAUGUCCACCUCAGGAAAAAGAUGCCAAAGUUGCCUUGAUCAAAGAGAAAACAAAAAAUCGCUACCUCCCUGCCUUUGAAAAAGUCUUAAAGAGCCAUGGACAA